AACGAAGCAGCCGCAAAAGAAAAAACAAAACCGGGGACAAAGAGCAGAGACGAACACUGUCAAGUAAGACGAAGAACGAGAUCUCCGGCUAGUUGGUUUGUGGUAGGUCUCUUUUUGCUCGGCUCCGGUGACCGUACAGAGAGUUGCCUGACUGCUCCGUUACCCCAUAAUUAUUAACUUGCUCCAUUGGAUGUAUCAUGUCCUGUUCGUACCUCCGAUGUAUAGAUGCGUUUUGCCGCCACACGAGACGCUGUCUGCCCUACACGUGUCUGCCUUCCCUUUUCUCGAUGGGCCGCCGCUGGCGCGAAGUUCGCUGCAGGCUGGUUAGCGCAGCGAGCGAGGGAGACAAGGCACAUGGAUGGCGGAUGGAGGAUCUAUGAUCGUGGACACAGCAGCCGGGGAACGCAGAGAUGCUUAUAUAGCACCUCGUCCGUCUCGAGCUGACACGAGAUGGCUCUCCCUAGCUGUCCCAAGUUGCUGUCUCUCCGCCUGCGUCUCUGCCUCUGCUGCUGCUGGUGCUGCCCUUGCACGUCCUCUGCUUUUUUUACUCCUGAUGGGGCGUUCGACAGCGCGCUCCCCCUUAUACAACUGCCCAGCUCACUGCUGUAGUUGUUUCUCGUGCUGCUCCUGCUGCUAUCUCCCUGACCCAUGGCUGAAACUGCCUGCCAGAAGCCCGCCGGCCCUCCCUCGUCGCCGAUUCUCUGCACGCCCGCAGACUUCGUCCCCGUCUGGGCCAGAAGUCACGUGAAAUACGCCCAGAACCUGCUCGAGCUGAGCGACGAACCGGUCGAGUACGACGACGACGAGGACUACAACGACAACUGCUUCUUCUUCCCCGAGGACUGCGUCUACAAUCCGCCCCCAGACCUGGCCAGCAACCCGGAUGCCUCUGUGGCCGACGAGACAGACUCGGACUCGGACAGCCUGCUCCUCCAAGACGACCUUAACGGCGCCGACGACACGGACGACGCCAUGGCUCCCGCACUGCCGGAGAUCAAGAUGCUCGACACAACGGCCCUCAGCGACCUACUUUCCGACAAUCUCUCGCCGCCAGAGAUAACUUCUAUAUUUAUAUUUGCUUCGAACGGUGCAGUCUUUGCGCAUGCUUCUCCCCUCCCCCAGCGCAGAAUACGGAACCUGUGCGCUACGUACGGAGCUGCGUACAAGUCGUACGCUGUCAAGGCUCCCAAUGGCAACCUCACCGGUGUCAGCGCCUCCAUUCACCCCUCCGCCUUUUCCAGCACUCCAUCCAUCCCACUGGGUAACGUGGGCUCCAUCAUGUUCGAGAUGCAAGAUAUGGUGGCUGUGGUCACCAAGAUAGCAGACAAGGUCCUUCUUGCCGUCGUUGGGCCUACUCGCAUCGUUGAAGAGCAGCCUGCUUCUCGGACGACACAGCAAGGAGGAGAUCUUACUGGCAGAGCGAGAAUGAUUGCAGGCUCAGCAGCCAGCGACUCGGAACGAACUGUCAAGGCCGCAGGAGAUUCAUCCUUCUCCACCCUUACCGCUCUUGAGAACCCCAAAGCCGAACACGUAUCUUCGAAACUCGCCUCUUCGGCCCCAAAUCCUGCCUCAUCUCUCUCCAGCCUAACCUCACCCACACCCCCCUCCGACGAGCAGAUCGAACAGGCUGAGAUAAGGCAGGAUGAAGACAUCAUUCACCAGGCGCUGCGGGCCCAGUGGGCUAUCGAUCGUAGUCACGACCUCGAUCGGUUGGCGGGGCUCAAUUUGGCUUCCAGCCCGCAUAUCCUACUCGCCCUCGAAUCAAAGUCAGCCGCGCUGGGCAAAUUUUUGGGCAACAAAUUAGCAGACCUAGAGAGUCCCGAAGACUUUUGAUCUAUCACUAUUUUUCUUCAUACCCCUUUUAUCAUACAUGGCAUUCUCACAGCGGUUGCUCUUAUGUUUUUCCUGCCUGUUUAUUGUAUGUGUGCACACUUACCAUCAGCCAUCAUUGUAUUCUACCUUAUCCCUAGGGCUCCAUUGAAAAUUAAUACUAAUCUCCCCCACUCUCCCUCCUUUCUGGUGGGUGUACAUAUACAUUUCCCAUUUCCAGCUUGAGCUGUCAGCAUUCGAUAUAUUAAUAAAUAAUGCAUUAGAUGACUCAGGUCAUGAGGCUAACGGGUGACUUCAAAAUGCUAGGCCAAAAAGCACACCAAAUGUAAAGCAAA